CUCUCCUACCAAGAUCACAUCAGUUUAAUCUGAGCAUAAAUAUCAGUACUCAGUAGUCAUUACUACAAGUCUGCAGGGUGCAAGGAAAGCCACAGACCAGCACCAUGACUGAUGUCCUGCAUCUUACAAGUGUCAACCUGAACUUGGCACAGAACAAACUUGCUCAUCACACCACUGACUACAGGAACCCCAAGCUCAUUGUGAGGAGAGGACAAAGUUUUGUGAUCACCCUCAAACUCAACAGAGAACUGAAACCCAAUGAUACUAUCAAAUUUUUGGUAGAAAUAGGAAAAUUACCUGAGGAAAAUAAAAUAAAGGCGACAUUCUCGUUAUCUCAAACUGAACCCAUCAGAGGAUCUUGGUCUGCAGUUGCAGACUCUCUCACAUCACCAACUGUGAAUGUCUCAAUCACCUCACCAGUUAAUUCCAUUAUUGGGUCAUACAGACUGAUUGCCCAGCUCUUCUCUGAAGGCUUCACAUCUCAUGUGAUUGGAGAUUUCAUACUACUCUUCAAUCCCUGGGCAUUUGAAGACGAUGUGUAUCUGGAUAAUGAAUUAGAAAGGGAGGAAUAUGUCCUAAGUGACAGCACGAUUGUGUAUUAUGGAAAUGAAGAUUACAUCGGUGACGUGGGCUGGAACCUGGGGCAGUUUGAGGAUGGCAUUCUGAAGAUCUGUUUAAGCAUUUUGGAAAAGCAAACAGCAGUGAGUCUUUCUCUUCUAUAUGACCCAAAAGAAGUGUCAAGAGUCUGCAGUGCAAUGAUUAACAGUAAUGAUGACGAAGGGGUGAUCCUGGGCAACUGGAAUGGAAAUUAUGCUGGUGGCGUUAGUCCAUUAAGCUGGACAGGUAGUGUUGAAAUCCUGAGAAAAUGGGCAGUUUCUGGCCCUGUUCGGUAUGGUCAGUGCUGGGUCUUUGCUGGUGUGCUAUGCACAGUAUUGAGAUGCCUGGGAAUCCCCAAUCGUAUUGUGAGUAAUUUCUCCUCCGCUCAUGACACUGAUGAAACUCUAAGUAUUGAUUCCUUUUAUGACAGUGAUGGCAACAGUCUAGGAGGCAAUGACAGUAUUUGGAAUUUUCAUGUAUGGAAUGAAGCCUGGUUUACCAGAGAUGAUCUUGGAUCAUUCUAUAAUGGAUGGCAGGUUCUGGAUGCAACACCACAAGAGACAAGUGAAGGAAUUUACAGGCUUGGACCUACAUCAGUUAAAGCUGUCAAAGAAGGAGACAUUAAGCUGAAGUAUGACUGCAUUUUCGUAUUCUCGGAGGUAAAUGCAGAUCGCAUAUCCUGGCUAUACAAUGAUGAGGAAGGCUCUUAUGAGAGAGUGGAAACUAACAUUAGUUCCAUUGGAAAAUUUACAAGUACUAAAGCUGUUGGUACCAAUGAUCGCAUUGAUAUUACAUCCCACUACAAAUAUGAUGAAGGCACUGCUGAGGAGAGAGAAGUGUACCACAAUGCCUUGCUUCAACUUUUUGGACGGAGAAAUAUCAUCAAUGGUGACGCAGACACAAGAAGCAUAGACUCUCCAACUGCGAUCGCUAGAGUUGCUAGGAUGAGACCAGUCACUAGUCAGAACAUAAGGGGAAAUUUCAAAGAUUCUGAAUCCACUGUAAUUGGUCAAGAUGUGAAUGUAAUCUUAGCCCUUUACAAUUCUUCAGCUUCCAAAAAUAUAAUAAUUAAUUUCAAUGUCAAGAGUACCGGCUACACCAGGCGGCUGAUGAGAAGUGUGUUGAACGACACAAUGUCUAUAAGCAUGGAGCCUCAUGAAGAAAAGGAAAUUGCAUUCAACAUCCCAUACAGCAAAUAUAUAGAUUCUCUCACAGAUGAUAAAGUUCUGGAAGUCACAGCUUUGUGCAGAGAUGGCCUUCAGAAGUUACUCAUAUCCAAAGUGAUUACAAUACAAAGCCCCUCACUCAGUAUCAAGGUUCUGGACAAGGCUGUCAUUAAUAAUCCAUUAAAUGUGGAAAUCACUAUUGAGAACCCACUAAAUGAAACUCUCGAUGAAUGUGAGCUACGUGUGGAGGGCAGUGGACUCGUCAAAGAGCAGUUCAAGCGUGUAAUUUCAAUGAAGCCCAAGGAGAAGACAAAAGAAACAGUGGAAUUUACUCCUUACAUGAAAGGGUCUAAACAGCUGCAGGUCGUGGUGACAAAUCACAGAAUUAUGAAUUUCAAAGGCUACACAAUCAUUAAUAUUCAGGAUGCAUAAGCAAUCUGUAUAUGAAAAAGUCUAAAAGUUUAAGAUAUUCCUUUCAGUUUCAGUUGUAUCAGUUUGUUGAUUUUUAUAAUUUGACAUUUCUGUCUUCUAAAUUAGUUUUAUUCCUAUUAUGCACACUCCUGGGACCUUGUUUCAUGGUGGCUUUGGACACACAGGGGCAAAUUUACUAAUGGUGUGCUACAUUACACUGUCUAAGAAUAUUAAUCACAGUCUUAAUGUUAGAGAAACUUACUAUUCUGGCUCAUGAACCUUUGUAAAUUUGGAGUAUCGUAACUUCUUCACCAGAUUUAUUCUAGAAUUUUGUCCAUGCGCCAAACAUUCUGUCCGUGCACCAAAAAAAAUGUGUCUAGUCAAAGUUUACACUGCCUAUAAGUUGGCAUAGUUUUACUCCAAAAUUUGCCAACAUUUGGUGCAUGGAGCUACAUCCAAGCUAUGCCCUUUUUCUGAAGCCAUACCUCAUCAGACGAGACCUAAAAAGCAUAGAAAUAUCUGUGAAACGAUUAGCAACGGUGAUGCAAAGAGUGCACGCCAGUUGUUUUUUUUGCAGAAACUGCACACAAAAAAACAGGCACAUUUUCAUGAAUAAAUCAGACCCACAAUGUUUCUCAGUAAAUAGUUGUGCAACAUAAAGGUUUACAUCAGGUUUACAUAUCGGUAAUAUGUGAGCCGAAACAACUGUGACAGUGAGCAGCGGAAGAACCUGCAACUUACUUGGCAUGGCACUGUCACACAAGUUCUAUAUAAAAGUGUCCCAUAGUAAACAAUCAUGUUGUUGCUUUAAUUUUCCAAACAACCUGAGAGAAAUAAUACAUGCUAACUUAUUUGUUGCUAUUGGUUCCCUACAUUUUUCUCAUAAAUGCGUUAAUAAAAAUUCCCUGUUGUGAUACGUUCUCUGCUCUUCAUGUGUAUUACCACUUCUUCACCCCGCUACUGUCUUUAAUGAGCUAAUAUAAUGUCAUCUAUGCAUUUUAUUCCAGGUCCUAUACACUGUGCAUUU